AUGUACUCCUCCUAUCUUAACUCCAUCACCUCCAAAGUAACCUCGAUCCGACAAAACAUAUUCCAAGGCGAAGCCGACGGCGAUACAGAAGAUGACACUUAUCUCUGCCGCGUAAUGCGCACCUACUAUCUCCAAGAAAAGAAACAAAAUCUGCCAGCGUGGCUUCCCCCCGAUCCACGCGGUCCAGCACCUACUCCCGUCGUCCAACCUAUGUAUACCCAACCCGUCGGUUCAACAUACGGCCAAGCACCUUCUACACUUGGCGGCUCCCAAGGAUUAAAUAGUCUCUUUGGCGGCGCGACAGGAAGAACAAAUGCGCCAUCGCCACCUCCAGGGGGUUUGCGCGCCCCAAGAGGAGCAGCCGGUCCGGCGCGCACGCAGAGUCCGUUCGCGAGUCAACAGGGUGCAGGUGCAACGGGAAGUUUAUCUGCACGAGAUCGAUUGAAGAUGGGGCGAUCGAAGGGGAGCGCGACGAAUACUAAUGCGGGUGCGGGUGCUGAUGCGAGCUAUGAUUCGGGAGAAAAACCGUUUAUGGCGGCGACCAGUCCGUGGGCCUCUAAUGAGGCGGAGUUUGGGGGUGGUGGGUAUGAACCGCCUGCGCCGAGGAGGGGAAUGGGAUUACCUAGUGGUGGACCAGGAGCGGGAAGGAGACCGGGUUUACCUAGUGGACCGAGGUCGGGGAGAUAG